AAUUAGAGCAUGCACCAGGCGAAACUCCAUCAGCCGGCAAGGUGCGCUUUCACCAGCAGAUGCUCUCACCUCACUCGUUUUCUAACUUCCAAGGUUAGCGUUGCUCCUUGCGCCUCCUUCGGCCCCAGGCACCUCGUUACCUUGUUCCUCCCGUGCUUCCAUAGGUGGCCAUGCGCGCCUUCGCGCCCGUAUGCAUGGCGUCAACGCUGGGCUUGGGAUGCCUGCUGCCAAUCGCAAUGCCUAGUCUUCUUGUCAGGACUAGGAAGUCGGGAGGAGCAGUUGAGUCUUCAAUUGUUAUGGUGUUAAACCCUGUCUCCAGAGGGUCCGAUUUCUACGGCGCUGUCAGCAAUACGGAUGCGACAACUCCCCAUCCAACAAUUUACGAUAUAUCUAAUUCGACAGCUUCGAAGGAAUUAGCCAAGCAUCCAAUGCACGCACCUUAUCGAGUAACCCUGGCUUCUUCGGGCAAAGUGUGGAGUCUCAUCGUUCGUGGGCGGUUUAGAAUUCACUUCCCCAGUCCAUGUGAAGAUGUACGCAGAGAGUUAUCGUCUACAAGACAGCGCAACCUGUCAUUCUCAUGCUUCGUGAAUCUAUGACUGCUUUUCACGCGAUUGAACUGUCAAUCUCCAAGGCUGAAAGUAGUUCAUCUUGGGGAUCGAUCCAGACCUGUAUAUUGCUGGAGGCAUCGCGACUGGAAGACGCAGCCGCACUGGGGGGUUUCUGCCAUGUCUACGGACUUUCCGACCUGAUAGAGCAAAAGUUCAUUAAUGACCUGACAUUGUCUACCUGCCAUAAAUGCUGUAC